AAAUCAUUUUCUUGCUGCAUGUGCAGAACAGCUUGGAAUAGUGUUUAAAUUCUGGAGGAUUUGCUCAUAUCGUAUACAGAGUUAUGGCACAGUACAUGGCAGACGACAAUCACAGAGUUGGUAUUAUUAUCACUGGAGGAGCCAAAAGCGAGCUUAAACAUCGUCUUUUAAGUAAGGAUGAUUAUAUCAACACAAUAAAGGAUGCAGCAAAGGCAGGUUAUUGUGUGUUGAAGAAUGGUGGCAAUGCUGUUGAAGCUGUUGAAAAAUCAGUUAGUAUUAUGGAGAAUAGUGAGUUAUUUGAGGCAGGUCGUGGAUCUUUGAAUGCAAUAAGUACAAUAAAGCCAGGUAAUGUCUAUAGCAUUAGCCAUCAAACAAGAAAGUUUCUUAAGUUUUCCUAUGUGUUGUAGGUACAGUAAUCUCAGGCCGAUAUUUUAUAAAUCCAGUUUGCCUUUCAAGAAAAAUUUUGGAAAAAACACCACACUGUGCCCUUAGUGGUGAUGGUGCGUUGGAUUUUGCAAUAAGUAUCAAAUUUCCUUGUUGUGAACCGAAUGAAUUAAUAACAGAAGACAAAAUGCGAAAGCAUAUUCCUCACGAGCGUUUUAAUGACCGUGUGAACUUUUUCUAUGAGGGAAAACAUAUUCCUGAGUGG